AUGUCGUCCAUGCCUGCCUCCCACGGCCACAGCGCCGCCUGCUGCAACAUUCCCCCGGUUGUGUCCAAGGGGUACAAGCCCAAGGGCUCGUACGAGGAGAUUGGCGGCUACAAGACGUAUGUCACUGGCCCUGCCGACGCCACCAAGGCCAUUGUCGUCGUCUAUGACAUCUUCGGCUACUUUGACCAAACCGUCCAGGGAGCCGACAUCCUUGCCUUCAGCGACGACCACCAGAAGUACAAGGUGUUCAUGCCCGACUGGUUCAAGGGCAAGCCCUGCCCUAUUGAGUACUACCCUCCCGAUACUCCGGAGAAGCAAAAGGCCCUGGGCGAGUUCUUUGAGACUUUCCCUCCUCCCAAGAUCGCCGGCUAUGUCCCCGAUUACGUGGAUGCCGUCAAGGCUCACAGCCCAUCCGUCUCCAAGCUAGCCAUGCUGGGUUACUGCUGGGGCGGCAAAGUCGUUGCCCUCACCCUCAAGGCUCCCACUAACCCCUUCGCCGCCGGUGCCGCAGCCCAUCCCGCCAUGGUCGACCCAGCCGACGCCGAGGGCCUCACUGUGCCCUUUGCGCUGCUGGCAUCCAAGGAAGAGGACGAGGCGGAUGUCAAGAAGUUUGAGGAGGCGCUCAAGGUUCCCCACCACGUUGAGACUUUUGGGGACCAGAUCCACGGCUGGAUGGCUGCGCGAUCUGACCUGACUGAUGAGCACGUCAAGGCGGAGUAUGAGAGGGGAUACCAAACGCUUUUGGACUUUUUCGGCAAGCAAUUUUAA